GGGCCAGCUUUGAGGCCCUGCAAGAUCAUAUGGAGGAAGGUUGAGGAGAGGAACAGGGUUGGAUCGGGGCUUUAAAGGGUCCGGGUCAGCUGACUGACUCAUCCUGUGUAUGUAGUCCAGUGGCCAGGGUCGCUGCGGCCGAGCGAAGAGAUGACUGGGGAGAGGCCGGGCGCAGCGCUCUUAGGCAGACCCCGGGGACCGCGAAUGCUGGGCUUUUGGGGAGGCUGUAGGGUUCAGGUGUUUGCUGCGAUCUUCCUGCUGCUGUUGUCUGUGGCAGAAUUGGAGACUAGGGCUGAGGAUGACUUCGAUCUGGUGCAGCCACUGGUGACUAUGGAGCAACUGCUGUGGGUAAGCGGGAGACAGAUAGGCUCAGUGGACACCUUCCGCAUUCCGCUCAUCACAACCACUCCUCAGGGCACUCUCCUGGCCCUUGCUGAGGCUAGAAAAAUGUCCUCAUCCGAUAAAGGGGCCAAAUUCAUUGCCCUGCGGAGGUCCACAAACCAAGGCAGCACAUGGUCCCCAACAGAGUUCAUUGUAGAUGAUGGGGAGACUCCAGACGGACUGAACCUUGGGGCAGUGGUGAGCGAUAAUGAGACAGGAGUGGUAUUUCUUUUCUACUCCCUCUGUGCUCACAAGGAUGGCUGCAAUGUGGCCUCCACCAUGAUGGUAUGGAGCAAGGAUGAUGGUGUUUCCUGGAGCCCACCCCGGAAUCUUUCCCUGGAUAUUGGCACUGAAGUGUUUGCCCCUGGACCGGGCUCAGGCAUUCAGAAACAGCGGGAGCCAAGGAAAGGCCGUCUCAUCGUGUGUGGCCAUGGGACACUAGAGCGGGAUGGAGUCUUCUGUCUCCUCAGUGAUGACCAUGGUGCUUCCUGGCGCUAUGGGAGUGGGGUCAGCGGCAUCCCUUUUGGCCAGCCCAAGCGGGAAAAUGAUUUCAACCCUGAUGAAUGUCAGCCCUAUGAGCUCCCAGACGGCUCAGUUGUCAUCAAUGCCCGAAACCAGAACAACUACCACUGCCACUGCCGUAUUGUCCUCCGCAGCUAUGAUGCUUGUGAUACACUGAGACCCCGUGAUGUGACCUUCGACCCUGAGCUUGUGGACCCUGUGGUAGCCGCAGGAGCUGUAGCCACCAGCUCUGGCGUUAUCUUCUUCUCCAACCCAGCCCAUCCAGAGUUCCGAGUGAACCUGACUCUGCGCUGGAGCUUCAGCAAUGGUACUUCCUGGCAGAAAGAGAAGGUCCAGCUAUGGCCAGGGCCCAGUGGCUACUCAUCCCUGGCAGCCCUGGAGGGCAGUGUUGAUGGAGAGCAACAGGGCCCACAGCUCUACGUCUUGUACGAGAAAGGCCGGAACCGCUACACAGAGAGCAUCUCUGUGGUCAAAAUCAGUGUCUAUGGAAUACUCUGAAUUGUGCUCCUACCACAGGGGUAGAAGGCCCUUGACUCAGCCUUUAGGACCACAGGUCUAUAGAGGGUCUGCUGGAGGUGUCUAAAAGAGAGUUCCAUCUUCCUUUAGACACUAGUGUUUUACAAACUCAACUUCCCUUUAGGGAAAUCACUUCCAUUAGGACUAAAAGCCCAACUUCCUCUCCACAUGGGAAACCCUGGGAACACUUCCUUCCACAUAGUGGGGGAUGGCCACUGACCCUUUCUGCCCCCCCCCCCCUGCCCAGGACGUUGAUUGGUCCUGUUGUGGGCAGGCUAAGGGGCCUGUAGAAUUGAAUAAAUGUGAACUCAGGGAAUGGAGGAGGGCUGAGCUUCCUCUAUAGGGUUGAGGGAAGAUACUGAUUUUGAAGAGGACUGGUGAAAGUCCCUGGAGGGCAGGAUAUUUGAUUUCAGGGUUAGGAAAUAAGUGCACCACCCUCCUUGACUAUUUAUGAACCCAAAUGUUUGUAAUUUGAAGUUUUUAAUGAAAGAUAAUGAACAUUU